CAUUUUUUUUUCGUUUUUUUUGUGUAAAAGCAAAAUUUACAGCAUUUGUUUGUAAAUGCAAAUGUGUGCGUGUGUCUGCGCGUUUGCAAAGCUGCACAUACACGGAAAAUCUGAAGUACAGAUACACAUACCUAUAUAAGCGUAUGCGAAUGUAGUGAUUUUUUUCUUUUUUUUUCGGCUAAUAUUUGUAAGAAUCCUGGAAAAUUACAAGCGACAAGAGUAAUUAAAUAAAAACAAAUACAAAAACACAAAAUGGGUCUUAAUGGAUGUUGUUCGUGCGUCAAAUUUUUGAUGAUCCUCAUUAAUAUAUUAUUUUGGAUCAUUGGUUUAACGAUUGUUAUCGCUUCAGCUUGGAUGCUAACCGAUCCAACGUUUGUUUUAUCAAUGACACAAUCGUAUAAUCAUUAUUAUAUCGCUUUGUAUGUCUUUCUGGGCAUCGGCGUACUCAUCACUGUUGGUGCAUUUUUUGGCUGUUGUGGCGUUUUAAAAGAAUCGCAAUGUUUGCUAGUGUCGUUUUUCUGCGUUAUACUAAUUGUGAUGGUGGCGCAAAUAGCUGCUGGUGCUUGGGCAUUCCAUAACAAAGACAAACUUGAUGAUAUUGUACGAGCUUCGGUUAAAUACUCAGUGCAGGAGGAGUACGGUCAAUCCAGUAUGAGUUCGCGUACUGUUACCUUUGACACCAUACAAAAGAAUUUAAAAUGCUGUGGAGCGGAUGGUCCUAGCGAUUGGGCUACCAGUCGGUUCAAUAAUGUCGAUCGGACAAAUAUCGUUGAUAUCGCCAUCUCAUCCAUGAAUGUAUUCUACAAUAUACCCGAAUCAUGCUGUAAAGAUGAAUUAAAGGAGAACGUAUGUGAAAUGUCGAGGAAAUUGAAAUUCGGCGGCACUUUCAAUCCGGCCAUACAUCAACAAGGUUGCGUUGAUAAGCUGAUUGAAUUGAUUUAUGAGAAUUGGGUUCUACUGUUUGGUGUAACGGCCGGUGUCAUAUUGCUGGAAUUAUUGGCUUUGACUUUCUCAUUGAGUUUGUGCUGCGCCGUUCGUAAUCAUCAAUACAAAGCCUGAGAAUUACAGAAUUCCCAAAGGGAAAUAUCAGACGAUGAGAAAUACUAACUAGAUUAUGUUUAAGUAAUUAAAACCAAAUAUUACACGAAAUGCACAAUGAACAAUUUUAUUAAUUAUAUGAAAAAAAGAGAGAGAAAAACAACAACAACAACAACAACAGCAACAACAACUCAAC